AUGCCUGGUGUCAAGACAGACGUCGACAGCGUCGACAGCGCGUUCGACGUACAAACACCAAUUCUCGAAAACAUGGUUGUAGGAGUGCCGCCAGUGUUCGAAGGGCUCACGAAGCAGCUCGACAAGAUUGUUGAACAGCCACUGCUCGGUCCGAAAACCAAGUUCCCUACAGCUACAUUUGCGUUUGCGCGUAAGGAUGUGUCAGGCAGGCGGUUACCACAGGCUAUCGCCCACCGAGGGUACAAGGCCAAGUUCCCUGAGAACACUAUGGGCGCGUUCAAAGGAGCAGUCGAAGUAGGCGCAGAAGGUCUGGAGACCGAUAUACAUCUGACGAAGGAUGGAGUAGUUGUAUUGUCCCAUGACAAGGACCUGAAGAGAUGCUUCGGCAGGGACGAGAAGGUUAUAGACUGCGACUACGAGUUCAUAAGUAAGCUGAGAACGCUGAAAGAACCCCAUGAAUCGAUGCCUCGUCUUGCAGAUUUGCUCGAGUAUCUUGCGCAACCUGGGUUGGAAGAUAUUUGGGUCUUGCUCGAUAUCAAGGCAUGUGAUCUUGAUUAUGCUGUUCAAGCAAACGCUAACACGGUACAGCUUGAUAACAACGCCGACGAUGUGAUGCGCCUGAUUGGUGACACAAUCCGGAGUGUACCUCCAUCGCCAUCUAGAUCAUGGCAGAAGCGUAUCGUCCUUGGAUGCUGGGCGGCCAAGUACCUUCCGCUAUGCUCACGGUAUCUGCCCGGUUUCCCCAUCUCGCACAUUGGCUUCUCAACACUCAUUGCAUCAUAUUUCUUUACUGUACCAAACGUCUCUUUCAACAUGGCACAGGCCAUCCUCAUGACGCCAUGGGGUCGACUGUUUAUACGGAGAGCUCAGAGCGACGGUCGGCCCGUGUACGCAUGGACGGUGAACGAGGAGAGCCGGAUGCGAUGGGAUAUACGGCACGGCCUUGACGGCGUCGUGACCGAUGACCCGAAGCUAUUUCUGGAGGUUAGGAAGUCAUGGCACGAGGGAACGAAGGACGGUGUGACAAUGAUGACAUGGCUGGACGUGCUGCGGGUCAACUUCUUCUGCCUGAUAUACACGGUCUUGUUCCAGUGUAUGUUUGGAUUCCAGCGUACGCCUGCAGAAAUAAUAACACUGCAGGCCGGCCAAUGCGGCAACAGCGUUGGACAGCAGUUCUGGCAGCAGCUCUGUCAAGAACACGGUAUUAAUCGCGAUGGAAACCUCGAGGAUUUCGCGACAGAGGGCGGUGACCGCAAAGACGUAUUCUUCUACCAAUCAGACGAUACUCGCUAUAUUCCACGAGCCAUUCUUUUAGAUCUCGAGCCCAGAGUCCUCAACUCCAUCCAAUCGAGCGCCUACAAGAACAUCUACAAUCCCGAAAACUUCUACAUACACAAGGAUGGUACUGGCGCGGGAAACAACUGGGGCAUGGGCUAUAGUAUGGGCGAGCAGGUACACGAGGAUAUCUUGGAUAUGAUCGAUCGCGAGGCAGACGGCUCAGAUUCGCUUGAGGGCUUCAUGAUGCUUCACUCAAUCGCUGGCGGUACUGGAUCAGGUCUCGGCUCAUACAUGCUCGAACGACUGAACGACAGAUUCCCAAAGAAGCUCAUUCAGACAUAUAGUGUCUUUCCUAACACACAGGACGGCGACAUCGUGGUCCAGCCAUACAACAGUUUACUGAGUAUGAGGCGAUUGACGCAGAAUGCAGACUCAGUGGUUGUCCUAGAUAACGGAGCCCUGACAAGGAUUGCCGCAGACCGACUGCACGUUAUGAACCCGUCGUUUGAGCAGACCAACCAGUUGGUAUCCACCGUCAUGUCCGCCAGUACCACGACCCUUCGUUACCCCGGAUACAUGCACAACGACCUCGUCGGCAUCGUCGCAUCGCUCAUUCCCACACCACGCUGUCACUUCCUCAUGACUUCAUAUACCCCCUUCUCCGGUGAGAACGUAGAGCAGGCUAAGACUGUUCGCAAGACAACCGUCUUGGAUGUCAUGAGACGACUGUUGCAGCCUAAGAACCGCAUGGUCUCCACGAACCCUACCAAGAAGAGCUGCUACAUGUCUAUCUUGAACAUCAUCCAGGGAGAAGCUGAUCCUUCAGAUGUACACAAAUCGCUUAUGCGCAUUCGUGAACGACGCCUCGCUACCUUUAUACCUUGGGGCCCCGCCUCCAUUCAAGUCGCAUUGACCAAGAAGUCGCCCUACGUGACCUCGUCACACCGAGUUUCUGGACUUAUGCUCGCAAAUCAUACCGGUAUCGCCACACUCUUCAAGCGCAUAGUCGCACAGUACUCUACACUCCGAAAACGUAACGCAUUCCUCGAGAGCUACAAACGCGAAGUGCCCUUCAAAGACGGUCUCGGCGAGUUCGACGAAGCCAAGGAAGUCGUCCAAGAUCUGAUAGCGGAAUAUGAAGAGGCCGAGAAUGCCGACUACCUGACUAAAGAGACAGCGCCGCCCGUGGGUGAAUCCGAUGAUCAGAGAGUUGGCUAG